AUGGAGGUCAUCCGCCUUCGCGAAACACGGAUGAAGGAGCUGCAGGAUGCCGUAGCGGAGCGCGACACACGCAUCCAGCGGUACCAGGUCGCCGUCGACCGGCUCCGAGGGGACUUCGAGUACAACCUGGAGCUGCUUCAAGGCCGGGACCGCGAGAUCGCGCGUCUCGGGAGGGAGGUGGCGCGCCUGACGGUGCUGGUCGAGGAACGGGACGCGCUGCUCGGCGAGAGCAGGUCAGCGGUGGCCGAGGCGGAGGUCGAGCUCCGGUCGGCUCAGGAGGAGCUCGGCACGGAGCGCGAGGCCUGGCAGAGGCGCGAGCAGGCGCUCCGGAGGGAGUUGGAGGAGGCGCGGGCGGCGCGGCAGGAGACCGCCCAGCGGCUGCACGAGGACGCGGCGCAGCAGGUCCGGACGCUGCAGCGCACGCUGACGGAGCGCGAGGACGAGGCGCGCGCGCAGCGGCGGGCGAUGGCGGAGGCGUUCGACCGCCAGAUGGCGGCGCGCGAGGGCGAGCUGCGGGCCGCCGCGGACGAGGCAGUGGAGGCGCAGCGGCGGGCCGAGGCGCGCGCGCGGCACCUGGAGGCGGAGGCGGACGCCGCGAAGGCCAAGGCGGAGCGCGCGCGCGGCGAGAAGGAGGCUGCGGAGGCGCGGGCGCGGGAGGUUGAGUUGAGGGCGGAGGAGCUGCAGUGGGAGCUGGACGGGCUGCGGCGGCUCAAGGACAGCCACGUGAGCGACCUGCAGGGGCAGCUGGAGCGCGCGGAACGCGACGCGCGGGCCGCGCGGGAGCACUUGGAGACAAAGUUGAAGGAGGCGGUGGCGCGGUGCGCGAGCGCGAGUGCCCAGGUGGCGGAGGAGCGCAAGGCGGGGGAGGCGGGGCUGGAGCGGCUGCGGCGGGAGCACGCGGCCGAGGUGGCGGAGCUGCGGGAGCGCGUGCAGGAGCUGAGCGCUGGCGCGGAGGAGGCGCGCGCGGAGGCGGACGCGGAGCGCACGGCACGGCGCAUGGCGCAGGAGGCGAGCGACGAGCGGGCGACGGAGGCCGACGUGAAGCACGCGGCGGAGGUGACGGCGGUGCGCAGGGAGAUGGCGGCGAGGGUGGCGGGGCUGGAGAAGGAGCUGCGGUUGGCGCGCGAGGAGGCGUGGGCGCGGGAGGCGGAGGCGCGGGCGCUGCGCGGGAAGGCGGACAGUUUGCGUGCGGCGCUGGAGGACCGCCGCGAGGACCUGCUGCGGUACAAGCGGCAGGUCGCGGAGGGCGCAGAACGGGAACGCGAGCUGCAGCGGCUCCUGCUGCAGGUCCGGCUGCGCGCGGAGGAGGAGGCGGACACCGCGGAGGCGUCGGCCUUGGCGGCGAGCGAGGGGCUCAUUGCGUCGCUCACGGCGCAGCGGGAUCACGCCAUGGCCCGCGUGCUCGAGCUCGAGGAGGUCCUCGGCGAGCGCGACCUGGCGCUCGACCGGGCGCGCGACGGCGCCGCCCCGGCCGCGCGCACGCCGGGCGGCAGGGAGCGUGCGGGACUGGGCAGCGCGGACGGCGGGACCGCGCCGGUGCGGGAGCGGUCGCGGCUGCGGCACGGCGGUGGGCGGCGCGACGUCUCGCUGGGCAUCGACCCCGCGGCGCCGGAGGGUGCGCCGGACCACCUCGGCGCGAGCCUGUCCGACCUGGGGUCGGUGUCGCUGCCCGCGAGCCCGAUGGUGCGGCACCUCCUAGAAAGCACCACGGCAUCGCCGAUGGGGUUCAACGCCAGCCCGCCCGCAGGCUCCCCGCGGCCGGCGCCGUGGCCGGCGUUUGAGUCGGGCGGGGGACGGGCGCCGCAAGGGGUGGGGGACUCCGGGGGGGCGGACACGGUGGACGCGUCGUUUGCCGAGCUGUCCAAGGAGAGCGCGGGCCAGCGCGGGUGCGCGAACUGCGCGGAGAUGCGCGGCACCGUUGCAGCGCUGCAGGCGGAGCUGCAGGACGCACGCGCGCAGAACUCGCGGAUGCGGACGGUCGUCGGGGCGAUGCGCGGCGAGAUGGAGGCGCUGCAGGCCGCCGCCGGCGGAGACACGCCCGAGGAGAUCCAGAAGCACCACCAGACGGAGCUGCGCGCGGCGCAGGCCGCGCUGCAGCAGGCCAACGCCCGGGUGGUGACGCUCGAGGGGCAGCUGGCGGCGCUCGCCCUGCAGCAGCGGGACUCGUACGGGCAGCCGGCGGCGCGAUCGGGGCAGGCGGAGGCGGCGGAGCUGCGGCGGCUGCGUGCGGAGAACGAGCGCUUGUUGGAGAUGAGCAACGAGAUGCACGCGGAGCUGAACGACCUGCGGGACCUGCAGAGCCUCGCGCCGCUGCGGGAAGCGGGGGCUGCGGCGGGGGGUGGCGUGGAGGCGGCGGUGCAGACGGACGCCGGCGUGGGCGUGGAGGGCAGCGCGUGGGGCAGCCCCGUCGCGGAACGGCGCGCGGGGCCGCGCGUCGACAGCCCCCGCGAGGUCACGACGCGGCUCGCGGCGCGGUCGCCCGAGCAGCGUCGCCGCGCCGCGAUCACCACCACGAGCCGCCCGGGCCCCGCGGGGGGGUUCUCACGGUACCCCGAGCACGGCCCCCCGUCGGACGCGGACCUCCACCUGCACGGGAGCCGCGCGGGCGUGUACGAGCCCCCAAGCGACCGCCCGGUCUCCGCGUCCAGCCGCCUCACGGCCUCCCAGAAGGAGAAGCUGUUGGAGCUGCAGGCGCGGCGCGCUGCUGUGCGGGUGCGCAACUUCAACAUCCGCGACGACGACGAGGCACGGCGGGCCGCGGGACCCAGCGGCGCGUCCCCGACCAAGGACGACCGGCCGCGGUGGUCGUGA